UUUGAUCGAGGGAAGGACAACCGCUUGGUGUCAACAAAUACCAGAUUUAUUCGACUUCAAUAGGGAUCAACCGCCUCGCGAAAAGCGAACGUGACGGAACACAAUAUCAUGAGGAAUCCGCGGCUCGGACCCUUUCAUACAUUGAAGCCUGCCAGUUUUCUGCGAACGGGUUGACCCACAAAUUAUGAAGAGCCCUUCGGAAAUUAUUAGCGUUUGACUUCACACCUUUUCCCCUGUAUGGGUUUUUCGCCACUUUUCCUUUCCUUUCUCUACCCUUUUUCCUUUCCAUUUCUUUGCCCACUUUCCUUUUUCCUUUCGGUUCCUUUGCUCUGGUCACUUCUUCCGUACUUCAGUUUUCGCCAACCGCUUCGUCUGAACGUUCUGUUGUCCCUUUCCGAAAUCAGUCUAUUCUUCGGUCUCCCUCGGCUCUCAAGUUGCGCGUUACUCGGGUUAAUUUCUUUUAAAUAUUUAGAAGUGAAUAUUUGAGUGUGGUUUUUUUUCCUUGUUCUUUUUUGGUUUGAUUAAAUGUGGUUAUUAUCGUGGUCAUAUGUGGUAAAUUAAAAGAAUCAAGUGACAGCGGAAAAGCCAUGGAAAGCGAGAAACGAAGGAGGCCCACUAGCGAUAUUUUCUACUUGGUGCGCUUCAUUGAAGAUGGCAUUUUAUAUACUUGUCCCGAGAAGCGAGUUCAGAAGACCGAUCUCACGAAGGCGAAAGUUAUGUGGAAGGACGGGAAGUAUUAUGAAGCAGAAAUACUUGCCACAGGAACACGCCCUGCCAACCUGAAGGCCGAGUGGGAAAAAAAGGAAUUUGAAAUAAAAACGAAACCACAGAGCCGGGAGUUGGGAGCUAUGAACAAGGAUAAGACGUCGCCAUCGGAAACUUUCUAUUUGGUCGAAUUUAAAAAAAACAGAAUCAACUAUACGUGCCAUGAAGACUGUGUGAAACAUAUAAGUGACACUGAGAUUCACGUGAAAUACAAGGAUGGGGAGUACUACCCAGCAAAAAUUAUUGAAACAGCAAGAGAUGAAGCUGAUUUGUCCAUAAAACUAAUUGCAAAACAGACGGAACAUUGCAGGAAUUUUAACGACAAAGCUGAUCAAAGCUUAAAACCAGCGGUUGUGCAGGACAAAGAAGCCUUGUCAGAGUACGACAGAGAAUUGAAUGAAAAUAUCAAUCUGAUGAAGAAAGCAGGGGUAGCACUCCGAUCCUACAAUUUAAAACAAAUUGCCGCUACAUCUCGUAUAAUGAACUCCGGGGAAUAUACCGACCUAGACAAUUCGGAGGAGGUGAAGAUAAUAGAUGCAGCCACAGAUAAGAUUUUGGGGGAAAAGUGCAAGAGAGAUAUCGCCGACAUGGUUGCCUCUAUAGGAGACCCGACAUAUUCUCAUCAUAUUUUAAACGGAGAGACGGCUAAAGAGGACCACCAUGAACUCAUUAAACCUGAAGACAAAGAAGAAAAUGGUGAGAAACAAAUUUUGGAUUUAGAGACAAGUCAAGAGGAGUUUUUGACCGUUGAAGCCGGGCCGGGAGAUACAAAAGAGAGCGAACCUUCCGACACCGAAAAACAACAAAAGUUAACGAGAAAAGGCAAAAAAAUCCUUGGGAAGUCCCGUGUGAUACCUAAUUCCGAUAUUAUCUCUGAAGUAUCUUCUGAAGCACCGCGGGACGGAGCUGACGAAGAAAUUGGCUCUGGGGAAAAAUCUACCAGUGAAAUAAGAGAUGUUGGCGAACAAUCUACUUCUGGAGAGAAGAAGAAACAAGUCAAGGUGUAUGAUAAGAAGUAUAUUUGUUUAUUUUGCAAAAAGUACACUAAAAAACCGGCAAGACAUUUAGAGGAUUGCCAUGCAGAUAAAAAGGAAGUUGCAGAGCUAUUAGCUGCUCCCAAGAAAAGCGAGAAAAGAAGGCUAGGAUUCCUAGCUUUGCAGCGUGAAGCGGACUUCUAUCAUAACUGUUCAGUUGUGAGCUCUAAAUCAGGUGAGCUGAUACUUGCGCGAAGGCCGUCAAAAGAUGAAGAGGGUUCCUACAGCAUUGAGGAUUACGGACCGUGUCCUUACUGCUUGGGGUUCAUGAUAAAGUCACAGUUAUGGAGGCAUGUAAAAGGAAACUGCCCGGGACUUAGUAAUGAUAAGGAAAAGAUAGAUCUGCACAUCGAAAGAAACGAAGCAGCAAAUAGGAGAACGUAUGAGAAUGUGCAAGGUGAAAGUGCCGCUCUACUGUCAGCUGCUUGUGCGAACUCAGCUGAAAAGCAAGACUUUGAACGACUCAUAGUGGCGGGCAUGUUUACAGAUGAAGUUUUCGACUUUAUGAAAAAUUUAAUGUCACACAACGUCCUUUAA